GAGGAACUGAGAAUGAAUGACCGCGUUCAAACAAAGUGUCCGUGAGUUUCUGUUGGGAAAGCAUCAAGAUCUGCGGCAAACUGUGCAGGAUUGCCUUCAUCUCCAAAAUCCGGGUUGCAGCCGCAACUGUCUGAUUGAUGAGUGGAGUCCUGCUCAAACCCUGGGUAGAUGAAACAUCCUUUUUCAAGUGGGGAAACUGCACAAACUGUGAGAAAAAUCAUCAAUGAGAAUCACCUGUCAUUGAAAGUGGGAGGACACUUGACACUAUGGGAGAGUGCAAAGAACAGAGAGUGAUUGGCAGGAGGAGGAGAGUCUGACGGAGGAGCAGAGGAAUGUUGGCAGCCAUUUAGUCUGAGCUCAACAACGGAGGAAACAUGGAUUCUUCACAAAAAAAAUGGAAAUGCAGCAAUGGAAUGAGAUGUCGGACCUCUGAGGAGGAUAAGGAUGGUUCGGCAACAACAGCAAAAAGAGAUGAAUCACUGAGUUGUGCGCAAUGUGGCAAGACUUUUAUCACAGCAACAAAGCUAAGAAUUCACAAAUGUAUUCACACUGUGGAAAAACCAUUCAGCUGUGAUCAGUGUGGAAAAGCUUUUACUCAGAAGGGACACUUAAAAAGACAUCAACUCAUUCACAGUGGAGUGAAACCAUUCAGCUGUGAUCAGUGUGGAAAGGCUUUUACUGAGAAGGGUGACUUAAAAAGACAUCAACGCAUUCACAGUGGAGUGAAACCAUUCAGCUGUGAUCAAUGUGGAAAGGCUUUUACUCAGAAGAGUGAUCUAGCAAAACAUCAACUCAUUCACAGUGGAGUUAAACCAUUCAACUGUGAUCAGUGUGGAAAGGCUUUUACUCACAAGAGUAAUCUAACAAGUCAUCAACUCAUGCACAGUGGAGUUAAACCAUUCAGAUGUGAUCAGUGUGGAAAGGCUUUUACUCUGAAGAGUACUCUAGCAAGUCAUCAACUCAUUCACAGUGGAGUUAAACCAUUCAGCUGUGAUCAGUGUGGAAAGGCUUUUACUCAGAAGUGUGAUCUAGCAAAACAUCAACUCAUUCACAGUGGAGUUAAACCAUUCAGUUGUGAUCAGUGUGGAAAGGCUUUUACUCACAAGAGUACUCUUGCAAAUCAUCAACUCAUUCACAGUGGAGUGAAAUCAUUCAGCUGUGAUCAGUGUGGAAAGGCUUUUACUCUGAAGAUUCAGUUAAAAAGCCAUCAACUCAUUCACAGUGGAGUUAAACCAUUCAACUGUGAUCAGUGUGGAAAGGCUUUUACUCAGAAGAUUCAUCUAGCAAAUCAUCAACUCAUUCACAGUGGAGUUAAACCAUUCAACUGUGAUCAGUGUGUGAAAACCUUUACUCAACAUGAACAGUUGUUGAUCCAUCAAUGCCCCCAUUCUAGUAGAAAGCGGUACCACUGUGACUCCUGUGAAAAAACUUUCAACGACCAACAGAGCUUAAAACGUCACCAACGCAUCCACACUGGACAUGAUGUGUACGUAUGUGAUCACUGUGGCAAACUAUUUGUACGGUACUCACAGUUAAAAGCUCAUGAAGUGACCCACACUGGGGUUAAACCAUACCUUUGUGACCAGUGUGGGAAACGCUACAGCUAUAUUAACAACCUCAAAGUUCACCAACGUGUCCACACUGGGGAGAGACCAUACAGAUGUGACAAGUGUAAGAAGACUUUUACAACUUUGGGUUCCCUGAAACAACACCAGCAGAUCCACACCAGAAAGAAAGCAUUCAGUCAGUGUCACAAUGAGCAGAACGGAACAGAUGGACAAAACUCUCAGACUUGUCAGCACUCUGCCAAUGGUGAACAGUGCUGCUUUGACCAGUCUGGACCAACGUCCAACCAACAAGGAACCCUACAACGACACCAGUGUAUGCACACUGGACACCGACUGAACCCCUGCCAAGAAGAUUUCUCCAUGCAGGGUUCAGUAAAAGUUCAUGAAGUCCUCCACAAACUGAAAGUCCUUGAGAUCCGACUUCACAGAAUUCAGGUCUAAUUUCUUGUUUAGUGUCUUCGUUGCUUCGUUGCAAAAUCCAUUAAGAGGAAAGCUGUCGUUAACAUUGAACAAGUAUAAUAUUGAACAAGUGGAUCAACUAAUCUCUGAUUAUGUGUGAGUUGAAAUAUAAAAACAUGAAGUGUUGGAUGAAAAGUCGAAUUUUUCAAAGCUGACAUGUAGUUUAGAAUAAUUUCUUUGUAAAUUAGCUGCAUCCAGUCAUUACCAUGACAUUGGCAUCAUGGAACCAUGACCACAUAUAUGUGUCUGGAGAUAGUGGCAUUUUUAUAAUGGCACAUUUUCAUGCUUUGACAGAUACAGUGAGGGAAAAAAGUUUUCAGACGCCCUGAAAAUUUUUACACAAUCUUAAAUAUUGUCAUGAAAUAUUUGUUGAAAAGUCUUUUUUGUGUGUUUCUAAGGGUGUGGCUGCAUCAGACAGACAAAAAUACAAAUGAUAUUUUUUGUUUGUUGUUUACAAGAAAAACUAACAAAACUAAAUUCUACCAAAUUUCUCAUUUUAUGGAACCAGUUAGAUGAAAACAAACUGACUUAUUAAAAAAAAAAAUUGCAUCUCCCUAUAUUGCUUUUGCUUCAUUUUGGUCAUUUUGUUCCUAAUUUCAGUGAAUUUUACAUCUGUUUUUGUGACUUUUUGUACCAUUCUGACCAUUUUGUGGUUCAUGUUGGUCAUUUUGUGUGCCUUUAAGGUUGUUAUUGUUUGAAAUUGUUCAUGUUGCUCAUUUUGGUCAUUUCAUGUGUUCAUUUGGCCAUUCUGUGACUCAUAUUGGCCAUUUUUGUUUCACUCCGUGUCUCUUUAUUUUUUAUUUGUCUGCUUUGCUUCAUUUAUGUCAUUUUGCAUCACUUUUAGCUUGUUUUUGUUCAAUUUUGUAUCUCACUUUGAUCAUCUCUCAUCUCUCUUUGGGUUUUGUUUUUUUAUUGUUUCUUGGAUUCAACUUUACUGUUAUUACACAGUACAAGUACUAAGACAGUAAAUGCAUUUUUUUAAAAGUCAGUUGUGAUGUCAGAGAGAAGAACUAACAACUGUUACCACAUUCCAUAUUCUGAAGAAAAUCACUGAAACACUUGAGAAAGUCAGUUUAACACACAAACCUUGGAGAUAUUGGAGAGUUGUGGUGAAGAUUUCAAAUGUGAAACUCGUGAAGACAUGAGUGUUAGGGAAUUCUGCGACGUCGAAAAAAGAAUCAGGAGGCAGACUCAGAGACACACUGGAGACUUAGAUGGCUUAUGUUGAGAAUAAGGUUUACUGAUCAGGAGAAAUGAUACAGUGAGUAACACAGUGAUGUGAGCACUGGCAGCAUCAGUUCUAAGGAGUCUCUCUGGCCUUGGGUACUUAUACCAUUUUGGAGGGCAUGCCAUGUUUAUGUUACACUCCAAAUAUGGAGACAGGAAAGUGAGCUCAGGUUCCAUCUUGUUAUUCUGGCAUCGUUGUCUUUUAUCCCUAUGUUAUCUUUACCAAGCGUCUAUCUGUCUCAGGGUCAGAUUGGGGACAGAGAGCAUAAACACGUUUGCAUCCUCAAUUAAGGAGAACCACAGGUCAGGGGUAACAUCUUGUAGAGUAGUUUGGGGUGAAUUGGUACCUACACUUGAUUUAGGGUGGCUGCAGCUGGCAGACGCACCGGCAUUUAGGAUGUCAUUAAAUAACAGCUGAGGGGACACCUCAGUCGUGAGAAAGUGAGUACUUUUUCCCCAACAGAUCCCUCCUUUUUGAUCGUAAGAGGGAAAAUUAACAUUUAGAAAACCCUGGUCAGAGAGCUUCAGAAAACUGAUCCUGUAAAAUUUGAAAAUGAUGGUUGUCUCAUCAAAAUAUAAACAGAAUAUAAUUGAUCACAUUCUCCAGUGCAUUUUCAAUUCAGUUUAUAAUAAAUUCUAUCACAAACAGACCGUGAGCCUCAAAGGUUUAUGAAGGUAGGAACGAAAACCCAGUGGGACAGCAUUUUCCUACCACCCCCUAUAAGUUUGGGAAUAGAUUCACUUCACCAAAUUCAUGGGUGGCGAUCCUAGAGAUCUGCAUAACAGCUCAAGAGCCUGUUUUCCUCAGAGUUUCAGCUGGUAUCCAGGCAACACAGUUACUUUCAUGUCAUUCAUGAUUAUCCAUAAAAUACAAACACAGUAUAAAACUUAUCGUAAGGCAUGCUUGAGUGAUUAAUACUAAACAAACUUAUGAUUGAAAUGUAGAUGUGACAACACAGUGUAUGAGGCAUGAGUGGGGUGUGUGUGUGUGUGUGUGUGUGUGUGUGUAGGCAGGCAGUUGCAUCUUUCCAGCUGAUCUGGACUAAUCAUCUUUUAUUCGUCCCAAUUACACUGUGGGAUCGAUGCUCCAGACCCUCCUGUUCCUCAGAAUCAGCGCAACUCAAGUGAGCACAAUGAUUCAAUGUGUAAAUCAGUAUCCAGCAACACAUCUAGUAAAAUUCAUAAAUCACAGUAAAAUGUUGUUAAAAUCAUCGAUUAACUUUAAGAUAAAUGCUUUUGAUUACAGUGUAAUUUCCAGUUGCUAUUAAAAAUCAACAUUCAGUAUUCUUCACCAGCUAUCACUAUCUGUUGUGUUAUUUACUGUACAGGUGAACCCACUGAUCCAAUUCUGUGUUACCCAUUAUUUAUCUAUCACUAAAUUAGUUACUUGAUCAACAGUAAUACGCGUUUCAGCACACAUUUUAUCAUAUUAAUAUAGAGGCUACAAGUAGUAAGCAAACCACUCACACAAAUAUUGUUAGAAAUCAAAAAAAUUCAAACAAUCCUGUAAAGUUUCUAAAGUCAAAUCUGUGUGAUUCUUUCAACCUUGAACUAUUACUUUGCAAAUUCCUCUACUCCUUGAGCAUCCAGGAGGAGGACAAGUUCCAUCCUAUUCUAUAGACCCUUUAUUUGUUUACAAACAUUGUGAUGUUUUUUUGUGGGCGGGGCUUAUGCUAGAGGCAAAAGCGGAGCGAGAAGUCAAGCGGGACUGGGAGUAUAUAGUUUGCGCUGGGAGUUUGCGCUGCAAACUCGAGCAUUUUUAACCCGUUAAACUUCAGUGUACCACCGGCAGUACACUUACUAAUUUGCAUAGGAAUUUAAAGAAUGUCCGAAGGCUGCAAACGCGAUUAAACACUAUACACCGAUGGAAAGCUUAGAUUCUCAUGAAUCCGCCGGUAUAAACCACUUUCAGAUGUGAUUACCACAGCGGGUAAUAUAAACACAUUUGUCCGACAAAAAACGAAUAUCCAUCCAUCCUUUCUCUGUACACGGUUUUAACAUACACAGCGUGACUCACAUUUCCGGGUUCAUUAUUACACACAGAUGAAAAUAUUCCACAAAAAACAGCCAUAAUCCAACCUUGAACAUCCAGACGAAACAAGCCAGUAAACUAUUUUGUCCAAAACAUGUCUUGAAGUCGGUAUAUAAUCCACGAAUCGGUCGUUUUCAAGGAAAUGCACCUCGCGAUGCGCGUCCAAUAUUCCCUGUAUUUCUGGUCAUAUUUUUUAUUUACAAAUACGAUAUUAGCGAUUUUUUGUACUGAAAAUGGCUGGAAUUGACUGCAGCUGAUCGUCUCUGUCCAGUCUUUUCGCCUCAGUGCAUUUAACCACAACUGUCUUCAUUCCGUCUGAGCACGAGUGUUCGGUGGAAUCCUAUAAAACUUUAAUUUGCGUUCGCCAAUGUCAUUCCUCCUAUUCUGGCAUCCAAAAACACAGCAGGACGACAUUUUAGAAAAGUUGGUAGAGCCUAGUCCCUCAGUCUUUUGCCUUUCGGUCACGGCCACGGGCUUCCUCUUUUGCCUCCAGCUAAAGCUGUGACGUCAUUCGUGACGUGGGUCAUUAAAGGGUCUAUAGACUUUCAUUGAUGUGAAGUUUAUUAUUUAGUUGUAUUUAGUUUGUGUUUUAAUCUGUAAUAUUUCCUGUUUAUUAGAGAUGUUCUUUCUUUUUUAUUAAUAUCUUGCCUUAUUUUGCUUAGUUUUAUUUUAAAUUAUAUUUUAAUUACCUGGUUCUUUGGUGUGAUAAUUCUCUAAUUUUCUAACUUUUUUUUACAUUUUAACAAAACUAAUUGUUUUCCCAAAUGACUUCUUUCCGUUGUUAUAUUUUACGUGCCAAUGUCGGUAAUCAUAUAAUUUAAUUUAUUGUCAGUUUAGUAUUUAUUCUAUUAACCUUUUGCCUCGAAACUUUAUGUGGCUCAAGGAAUGACACCCUGGACACUUUAACCAGAUCAAGGUCCAGGAUCUUCCAGACCCAGUUACCUUCAGAAUCAUGGUUGAACAAUAUAGCAAUCUUUAGCCUUCCACCUGUUGUUCAAACAGUAGAAGGAAAUCUAUCGAUCUGUUCUUCAUAGGGUGAUAACCAGAGUCUAAGUCCACAGAGUCAAUUUCUCCUUUCUCGUCUCUCUGUUAGUGUUUGUAAGAGAGGAGCAGUCCAAACAGUCUAUUGUCUUUUUGUUUUGCUCCAGACUUCGUGUAUCAGUGUAUGUGUACGAUGCUGGGGCUACACCGGUGAGUGUGUCAGGUUUCAGAGGAUCAGGGCAAAGAGCAUAGCAAACCCAGGGGGUGAGAGCCCUUCUUCUGUAGGAGAAGCUCCAGGUGCAUCUCUCGUCUCUCCACCGUGCAGGAAGUGGCUGUGAACCGUCAGGAGCAGGAUCAGCAUCCAAGCCCCUUCUUGUCGACCGUUGCUAGCCGGCAUCAUGUUGAGUGGACCCACUCUGCUCGGCCCUCGACCUCCACAGCCGUUCCGAUCACCAACAUCACCUUAUAUGGAUCCUCCUAAGAGAAAAAGAUUCUUUCCAAAGACUCGAUUAGUACACAAUCACUACACUUAAAACAAUGAAUGGGCUCCUCCGAUGGUUCUGGGAGCCUUUCAGCGACCUGCAAAUGAAAUGUUCUUAGUAUCUCAGUUAGACGUUUCACAUACUCAGCCAUUCAUUCAUCAGUCCAUAACAGAGUGACUGUGUGUGGUCAAAGUUGCACUAGCUCCUGUGGACAUAGACCGUCCCAUGAGAACCUCAUGGGGGUUCAGUCCUGUGGUCAAAUUUGCAGUGCUGAGAAUUGAAUACAGCACAAUUGAGAUAAUUGGGAGGGCAUUGUGACGACUGGGAAAAGAGCUUAAAAAAGGUAAAGUUAAUAAAACUCCCCAAAUCUUUUAAAUAUCUCAGACUAUGAGUAAUGAGUACUUUUCAGUUUUUACUUUCAGUUUUAUUUCUGACAGUAGGUGUCACUGUUGUGCCAGAAGUAGUGGGGAAGGCGCAGUUCAAGCCACCUCUGUUCCAUACAUCAGAGUAAACAUGGCGCUGAUCUGACCGCAUUUUAACGUGUCCUUUUUCUCACUGCUGCACAGGUAAAUAAGCAUGAAAAUCACGUUAAAGCGAUAAGAAUAUCACUCGGAUUUUUCCUGGUUAACCACCCGACCAACAUUGUGUCCGUAGCUGUUGGUAACCGAGUGAGUGUGGUUUUGUUGUGUGUGUGUAAACUACGUCAGCAUAUUCGUAGCUCGUAGCCUCACAUAGCCGGGAGCGACUACAAGGCAACGUAAUACUUACAAUGCCGAGUAGAUGGGAAUGAGAAUGUGUGAAUAUGUGUGUAAUAUAUUGUAUUAUAUGAGUUAAGUACUUGCACACUCUUGUGAUGCUGUAGUUCUCAGACAGCUAGACAGUAAGACAGCUCUCUGUGUUUGCUCUUGUCUGAAGUAGUAAGUUCGUGUUGUAAGUUUAUCAUGCAUUAGACAUUACAUGUCAAAUCUGCUAAAACUGACUUGGUUAAGCAUGGGUUGCAUUUAUUGAAGUUGUAUGUGUGUAUGUAUGUGAAUACAGGCACCAUAAAUAACUGGUGUUUUGAUGAUGUUGUGAUGUUGAAUUGAAUAUUGAAUGUUGAAUUGAUAAAAUUUACAUGAUCUGGAUUUAGGAAGAUGCAGACAACUUAUUGAAUUGUAUUUGUUUAUUCUGUAUUUAAUAGUGCAACUAUGUUUUGUAUAUUGUCUGUAAUCUUCUGCAUCUCUGUUCCAUACGUCAGAGUAAACAUGGCGCUGAUCUGA